UACCAUGGUUGCUUUUGUGACCCUUGACUACGAAAUCCCGCAAAGUGCUGCCUGACUAUCCCCAGACCUAUCUGCGACACUGUUUCGUGGAAGUUGCUGCACUUGACUGUUACGGGUUGUCGCACCUUGUUUGCUGACAUCUCUCGGCAAACGCUAUCAACGCCGGAACCUUGGAACUGUGACCUUGAACCGAACGCAACUCUACUUCAUUGACAUCCGACCAUUUCUCUUCCUGUGCGCUUUGCACUUCUUCCCUUUCCGUCAAUUGAUCAUCUCGACCUGACGAUUUUGCAAUCAUGGAUACCCUACUUACUGCAGAGAUAUACGCAAACUCACCCCGCUUCCGGCGGCGGUCGAGUACUUUCGUCGACGCAAUCCACGAUCUACCUACCAAAGAGGAAAUGGCCCCAGCCCAACUCUAUAGUACAGAAUCAGGCCGCCUUUUCCAUUCCGGUCGAAUAGUCAUCGCCACCUGCGGACUGCCAGCUCGGGGAAAGACACACACAUCUGUUGCCUUAGCCCGCUACCUGCGAUGGCUGGGUGUCAAGACGCACGUGUUUCAUCUUGGCGAUUACCGUCGCGCUACGCUAGGCCCGGAAAACGAUGUGCCCGACGAUUACUUCUUCCUCAAUGCAUCGCCACAAUCUGUUUUGCUACGCAAUAAGAUCUUGAAAAAGUGCCGUGAAGACAUCUACCACUUCCUGGAAAACGACAAGGGCCAAGUGGCCAUCUACGACGCUGUAAAUGCCAUUAGCCAAGGUCGCAGAUCGUUGGCCAAAGAAUUUGCCAAGAAUGGAAUCCAGACAGUCUUCAUCGAAUCACAUUGUACCGAUGAGCGCAUCAUCCAAGAGAACGUCCGUCGUGUCAAGAUCUCUUCACCGGAUUAUCAAGGAUGGAAGGACGAGGAUGCUGUCCACGACUAUCUGGCACGUAUCAAUGCACGGAUACCACACUUCGAGACCAUGGAGGAGCCUGAUUUACAUUGGAUCAAGAUGAUCAACGCUGGCGAGAGAGUGGUAGUGAACAACUGCGCAUUCGGAUAUCUCUCGCAAAGAAUAGUCUUCUAUCUACUCAAUCUCCACAUCAAGUCACGGCAAACAUACUUUGCUCGAGCCGGGACCACGCGAGAGGAAGAUUCUUACAAAGCAGAUGCAAGCCUCUCACCAGAAGGUCAUGAAUACGCUAAGAAGAUGAGUGAGGUGCUCCUGAAGUACCGCGAAGAGGAGAAGCAGAAGCUGAUUGAGUCGGGAGCAACCGAUGCCUCCUUGAAGCCACUGACAAUCUGGACUUCCACACGUCGAAGGACUGUCCAAACGUCAGAGGUUCUGGCUUCUAUGGGCUACCGGGUUAGGCAGCGAUCGCAAAUGAGCCAGAUGAAUCCUGGUGUAUGCGAGAAGAUGUCAGAGGCCAAGAUCCGCGAAGAGUUCCCUGAUGAAGUUACCAAGCACGAAGCAGACCCUUACCACCAUCGGUAUCCGCGCGCAGAGUCGUAUCACGACCUUGCCGUACGCAUGGAACCCAUCAUUCUAGAACUUGAGCGUGAAGAGAAUGACCUUCUCAUCAUCGCUCAUGAGUCUGUCCUUCGUGUACUUUACGGGUACCUGAUGGCAUGUAAUGCGGCCGACAUACCCAAGCUCGAGUUUCCUCGCGAUGAGAUCAUUGAGAUCAUACCCUCAUCCUACAACAACGUGGCAAAACGCAUCAAGAUUCCUGAUUUACCUGAAUCGAUGGUUCCCGGAAGCCCCGAAGAUAUCAAGAUCCCCGUCCCCCCAAGUGGCGCUGUAAGUCCACUAUCUGGCAUGGGUACUCCUCAAGCCGGUUCCGGCACUGCGACACCUCAACAUGGCAUCCAACCUCUGAAUCUGAAGUCGCAUAUUAAUCCCUCUUCGUGAGCAGGUGCGGUAUCGAUGCCGGUACGGUGCUACAUUCGACAAUGAGCGAGCAAGCCAACAAACGGACUUUGACCCGAUUUGAGGUUUGAGGAACCAGUAUCUCAACAUUGUGGGAUGUCAAAGGCAGCAAAUGGGCUUGUGGACAAGAGGUCAGGUUUUUGGCAUGGAUACAUCAAUAGGGCACUUGUCUGGGCGUUGGGGUGCGGCGUGUUGAAAACCAUCUUUAUCCUACACUAUAGCUUCUUGGCCUGUCAUUCGAUAUCCAUAUGAACACGAACCUGCAAACCUGCUUUAACCCACUAUGCUUCUUGUCAUUAUGCAAAUGCGAGUAAAUCCUGAAAUUGCUAUUGGAUGACUCAGUAAUGAAUGCUGUCUUCAUACCCAGCCCAUGACGACCUACAAUCUCUUGUUCGUCUCCAUGGU